GAGCACAGCAGAAUUGGAGCAGUGAGUUGCGUGUUCCAGACCGCAACAUGCGGUGAAUGUUCUGCAUUGGUAAGAAUCGGCGCCAGGUAUAAUGGCCUAAACGAUGAAACUGCCAUAUAUUUAGCCACUAUAAUGAAUUUAAUUGUGAAGAAAUCUUUCAAUAUAUUUUAAGGUAUAAAGUGUUUAUUGCAAGCAUUGGCAUAACUAGCUUUUAAGAAUAUGGAGACUAGAAAAAUAGGUAUUGUUGAAUAUUUAAAUUUAGCGUUAUUGUUGGCCAUUUGCAAGUUCUAAUGUUGAUCAUUGUCUUUAUGUGUUUUAUGUCGAUUGUAUGAAUAGCUUCAAUUUCCUUACUUUUACGAGUCAAAACGUGUGUUUAGAGAAUACAUUUGACUUUACAGUAUUAAUUUGGCUUGUAUGACUUAGUAAUUAUUUUUUCAUGUUUAACGACGUUUCAUGUUCAUAUUUUUGUGGAAUUGUCUUGACAUCUUUAUUGAUUGCACCGCAAAGUUGAGAAGAACUGCGAUGGAAAAAACGUUUUGUCUCAUUCAUGAAAAAUAUCUCCUUUAGCAAGCAGCCAGAGUUCUCACUGUGUUGAAACUUGUUUCCAUUACUUUAUAAACCUUUCUUUAAAGUAACCGGUGUACUUCUAACGCCUGCGGUAGAAAGUGUUCAGAUAAUUACUUAUUGGAACUUUUUAAUUUAAUUUAGCUAAUUAUUUGAAAUCUAAAUCUAUAAGAAUUAUAAUACUUUUUUUCGUUGCUCAUUUUACAUUGAAACGAAAGGGAAUGGUUACGAUAGUGAUGGAAGGGAUUGGAUUCCGUAAUUGCAAGAACUAACAAGUUGGGGCAACGCCGGGCAAAUAUGCUAAUAACGCCAAUUCAAAUUGAAAAUCAAUUAUGCUAUGAACUGAAAAAUUGCGCCAAACUCGCGAGUGCGUUUGAGUCCAUUUGCGAGUUGUCAGUGAGUUUGAUAAAUUUAGAUUAGGUGUUUAAUGUAUACCCUACGAAUACAGAUGGAACCCUUAAUGAAAUUUUCUAUGUAGUCAUUAUUCAGUCAUCAUUGUCGAUGAAGGAAAGAGAAUUCAUUCUAUUUUAAGAUCUGCAGCUACAAAUCCGACUUCCAAGAUACGAGUUACUUGAAUCACAUAUUCGGAUUUUAUUAUAUGUAUUCAACUUGAAAAGUAAUUUCUGGUAAAAAAUUGGAACAAAUAUUCUAGGAUACUCAAGAUAAAAAAUGUUUUUCAAAAUGCGAAAAUAAUAAUAUAGAAUGUUUGUUUAUUCCGCUGUUGCAUACCGGUCGUCUGACUCGAUUCCGUCCUAAAACCUAUUUUGUUGAUACGUUUGGAGAAGACAAGCAAGCGCGUAGUAGUCGAAUCAUGGCUCUUCUGCAAAGACUAAAUCCGUGUAUAAUGGUUUAUGCCUCAAUAAAUGGUAUUAAAUUCUUUCCACAUUCCUCAUUGUCAUCAACAUUGCCUGUCCUGCAGUUACAGGCAAUCCUUCAUGCUCCAAUGAAGGAUCAACCUUGCAGGUACUACAAAAAAUUUCAUCGCAGACCCAUCAAAAUAAAUCCUGCCAAACAAGAUGAAGGCAAAAUAUUGCUUGGUGAUUAUGUAAAGAAAACAUCAGCUACCUUCAACAAAGAUGUUCUGGAAGAAACCAAGAAUUUGAACAAAAUUGUGAAAGCCACCUUAGAAGAUACUAAUCUGGGUAGACUGAAAGAUGAAGAUCGACUUCUAAACCAUGAUUUUAAAAGUGAACAGAGAAAAGUUCCCAGUGAGGACAACAUUGACCGAGAGGUACAACAUACAGACCCUGAUGUGCAGAAGGCUUUAAAAGCCAUAAAAUAUGUGCCGUUGGAGGAAGCCCCACCUCAGUUUAGGGUAUUAGGAUCACACUGCGCUUCACGUAAGCUGCGCCAUCGGUACAAUGUCGUGUUGUUGGAAGGACACAGACUCCUGCAGGAGGCGAUCAGUGCAGGACUCAGCCCCAUCUCUGUUAUGUACUCCCGCAAGAAUCUGCUUCUUAAAAUAAUGCCCAAGGAUAUGACAACAGAUGAAAAAAUAGAACGACUCAGAGCCAUGAAUGUUUUCUCUACAGCCUACAAGAAAAUGUCGACUUGGUCCUCAGUGGUCGCUGGACAGGGCAUCAUGGGUGUUUUCAACCUGAGUGAUCUAUCAGCUGCUUAUAAACUGAGACAGCAGCCUCGUGUACAGAAAUUCACUGACUCAGUCCACACGCCUCUGGGUCGGCGGGUAACUCUGGUGCUGGACGCGUUGAGGGAACCUGGCAACGUGGGCGCCUUGAUUAGAACUGCUGCUGGGGUGGGAGUUUCGAGGGUCGUCCUCACCAAAGGUUGCUGUGACCCAUGGGAAAGCAAGGCUCUGCGCGCCGGCUGUGGCGGACAUUUCAGCGUGGAGAUACGCGAACGUGUUGCUUGGUCUCGUAUUUACACUGCGAUGUCGCGGUACCCUUGUGUCUACAUCGCGGAUGUCGGAAAUUCUGACAGAGAACCGCUCACUGACGCAACAAUGGACGAAAAUGACCGAGUUGCAGGAGGAGACAAUGGCAGAAACUAUGGAAAUGUGAAAGAAGAAAGGAGUGCAGACCGACUGCCGAGACGGGAAAGUCGUAUUCACGGUAAAAAGAGUAAGCCAGAUUUAUCAGUUCGUGAAGAUGUCAUGAGAAGAGGAGAUACCUUGGACGAUGAAGAUGAAAAGGACGAAGCUGAGGAAGAAAAAUUCUUCGGUGAUUACAUCGAAGUUUCCGAAGAUGGUACGGAACACUACAUCGAUAACUCUUUCUUGGAUGAAGAGAAUCUUAAAAAGUUCUCCGACGUUAAGCUACCUCAGAAAUUGAUCCAUGAUAUUAGCUUCUUCUCUCCUAAUAUUCCCGAAUCGCAAGACCUUGUCUUGGUCAUUGGCGGUGAAACUGGGCUAAGCAAUCAUGCUAAAAAGUUUGCACUUGAUAACCUAGGCGAACAAGUUAGCAUUCCUCUGCAUAACUCCGUUGACAGCCUCAACACGAGCGUUGCUAGUGGCAUUAUUCUGUACGAAAUGUGGAAGCAGCUUCAAGACGCAUGUAUUCUCGGCGAUAAAAUCGAUAUUGAGAAAUCUAAUCCUUGAAUAAUGAGUGACCUUAUUGCCAAAAUUUAGCUCAACAAAAUUGUAUUAACCGUGCUGGUAUUGUAUUGUAAAAUAAAAAACUCACUGAUUUUAUUGGCGAGAUUUCAUUAUUUAAAUGAGUAUAAUGUUACUAUCUUAAUUCCAAUUCAUUUGGCAACAUUCGGUUAGUUUUUCCCACGCGAUUACGCGAAAUGUUCUCAGAAACGCGAAAAAUUACCAAAAAUAAAAUUGUUACAACGAGAAAGUUGGCUCACAUUUUGAGUGAUGUUGACUUGCGCUCUGUGAUGAAUUUUGUACACACUUCCUAUUUUGUAUAAUGUCAAUAUAAUCCUUGCAGUCA